AUGCCUGCCAUUUGCAAUUUUCAGAGUCUGUUGACUCUAAUCUUGCUGCUUAUAUGUACCUGUGUUUAUAUCCAAUCUUUGGCACCCAGCUUCCUGGACAGAAAUAAAACUGGACUGUUGGGUAAGUUUUAGAAGUGUGCCAGAAUUGGUGAACGAAGUCCUGAUGUUGCAGUAUGCUGUAUAGUGAUGGCCUUCAGCAUCCUCUGCAUACAGUAG